AAAAAAAUUUUUUUUAAAUCAGAGUAGAAAUUGUGGAAAUAGAAAACCAAAAAUCCAUGAAAUCAUUGAAAAUCUUUGAGAUGGUUAAUAAACCUGGUUGGCCUCUAGCUAGAGCAAUAAAAAAUAAAUAAAGUACUAUUUUCAGGAACAAAAAGGAGAUGUCACAAACCAUACAGAUAUUAUGAAGCAAAUAAGGGGACAUUAUGAGCAACUUUAUAGCAAUAAAUUAGAUAACUUGGAGGAAAUGGACACAUUUCUUAAAAGACACAAAGUCAAAAAAGAAAUUAAUAACCUAGAUAGCCCUAUAUCUAUUUAUUAAGGACAUUGAAUUUGUAGCUAAGAACUUUUCCACAACAAAAUUUCCAGGCCCCAGUUGCUUCACUGGUGAAUUAUACUAAAUGUUUAAGGAAGAAGUAAAACUAAUUCUACACAUCAACUCUUUCAGAAAGUAAGAGAAGGAAUACUGUCCAGCUCAUUCUAUUAGGCUGACAUUACCCUAAUACCAAAACCAGAAAAAGACUCUAGAGGAAAAGAAAACUGCAGGCCAAUAUCUCCCAUGAAUAUAAUGUUAUAUUGUAUAUACAAUAUACAAAAAGGAUAAUAAGUCAUACUCAAAUGCCUUUAUCCUAGGAAUGCAAGGUUGGUUCAGCAAUGGAAAAUCAUUGUAUUUCACCAUAUCAACAGAUCAAAACCAAAGCGAAACAUAUGAUUGUUUCCAUAUAUGUAAAAAAAAAGAAAAAACAGUUGACAAAAUUCAACCUCCCUUCAUGAUUAAAAAAAAAAUGCAGCAAAAUAAGAACAGAAGGGAAUUUUCUCAACCUGAAGUAAUUGAUAGCUAACAUGAUUCUUAAUGGUGAAAGGCAAAAGGCUUUCCUUCUGAUCAGAGCAAGCAAAUAUGCCCACCCUCCCCUUUGAUUCAACAUCAUACUAGAAGUUCUAGUCAGUGCAUUAACCAAAGGAAAGAAGUAAAAAGUAGAUGGGUUUGAAAGGAAGAAAUAAAACAUCCUUUAUUCACAGAUGCCAUGACCACCUACGUAGAAAACCCCAAAGAAUCUAUUUUUUAAAAAAAUAGAAUUAAUAACUCGAGUUCAGGAGGUCGAGAGGCUCCCCUGCCAUUACCAAAAUGGAGACUUUGUGCUGGGUCCUGUUCUUAGUGCUCGAAUGCCCCAACCUGAAGCUGAAGAAGCCACCCUGGGUACAUAUGCCAUCGGCCAUGAGGGUGUAUGCUCUGGUGGUGGUGUCUUACUUCCCCAUUACCGGAGGAAUAAUUUAUGAUGUUAUUGUUGAACCUCCAAGUGUUGGUUCUAUGACCAGUGAACAUGGACAUCAGAGACCAGUAGCUUUCUUGGCCUACAGAGUAAAUGGACAAUAUAUUAUGGAAGGACUCACAUCCAGCUUCCUGUUUACAAUGAAUGGGAGGUUUCGGUUUCACAAUCCCGGACCAAUCGAAUGCACCAAACAUUCCAAAACUCAGUAGAUUUCUUCUUCUAUUCAUUGGAUUUGUCUGUAUCCUAUUGAGUUUUUUCAUGGCUAGAGUAUUCGUGAGAAUGAAACUGCCGGGCUAUCUGAUGGGUUAAAAUGCCUUAUGAGACAAAAUCUGUAGAUAUUGGAUUUGUUCCUGUUAAUGAAGUUUUAAAGGCUGUACCAAUUCUCUGAUGUGAACUACGGAAAAGAAUGAAGCAGCAGAAAAGAAGCAUCUAGUGAAAACAUAGGAAGCAUGUUAAAGCUUGAACUAGAAUGUCUUCUUGGUAUCAAAGAGACAAGCUUAUCACAGUAUUUUUUCCUGCUGGCCUAUGCCAACGUACAAACGAUGUUAAGUAGCAUUUUCCUCUUAGUUUUUCAUUUCUUAGAGAAAAUAUUCUCCAUUUCUACCACUUUAAUACUGAAUAAAGUGAUAAUUUUUUACAGCUCCCUUAACAUUUUUUGGAGAGGAUAUUUGUGACUCCAAAUUAAUGUAAAAUCAGGAAGUGAGAUACCAUAAGCUGGGAACUCUAGACAGAUGAUCAGCUUUACCUGUGGUGCUUUGCCUUUAAAUAGAGUGUGUGCUCUGGAAAACAGUGUGGAGGUUCCUCAAAAAAUUAAAAAUAGACCUACCCUAUGACCCUGCAGUAGCACUGCUAGGAAUUUACCCAAGGGAUACAGGAGUACUGAUGCA